CCCCUCUCCGCUCAGGUGGGCGGGGGCCGUGCGGGGGCGGGCGGGCAGCUGGAGAUCCUGUCCCUGAGCCGCUCCGUGCCCCGCACGGUGAAAUCGCUGCCACUGCCGGCGCCGGUGCUGUGCAUGGAGCUGAUCCCGGAGCCGCAGCCCCACGACCCCGCAGACCCCACAGAGCCCGGAACGGCCCCAGAGCCGGCACCGAGCGCCCCCCGGCCGGCCGUGUGCUUGGGGCUGGGGGACGGCAGCCUGUUGCUGUACGGCAGUGUGGAUGCCGGUGCCCCGUGCCUGUGCUGCUGCCGCCUGCCAGGGUUAUCCUGUUAUUCCCAUUAUCCCGUUAUUCUCAUUAUCCCGUUAUUCCCAUUGUCCCGUUAUUCCCAUUAUCCCCCUGUUGCUAUAAUUCUGGGAAUUUUGGGAAUUUCUGGAUGUUUCCCCCCGGCCCAGCUGAGUUUCGAGGCGCACCCCGAGCCCGGCGCUGCCGUGACGCAGAUGGUGCGGGCGGGCAGCGGGGUCUGGAUGGCCUUCGACAGCGGCUCCUCCCUGCGCCUGUUCCACACCGAGACCCGKGAGCUGCUGCAGGAGAUCAACCUGGCCACCAGGACCACCCAGAUACUGCCCGGGCAGAAGCAGAUCCGGGUGACGAGCUUGCUGAUCGUGCCGGGCUCGCUGUGGGUGGGCACGGAGCAGGGCAUCAUCGUCCUGCUGCCGGUGCCGCGCCUCGAGGGCAUCCCCAAAAUCACCGGGAAGGCCAUGGUGUCCCUGAACGGCCACGCGGGCCCGGUGCAGUUCCUGGCGCUGGCCCUGAGCACGUGGGCUCCGGACGCRCUGCGGGACGAGCGGGACGAGGCCGACGAGGGCGGGGACGGGGACGAGGCCGAUGCCGCGGAGGUGGCRGCGCCGCGGGAGCUGCGCAGGAAGGGCAUCGUCCUGCAGUACCGGCUGCGCUCCACCGCCCACCUGCCUGGCCAGCUGCUGUCCGUGCGCCCRGCGCCGCCCGAGGCACCGCCCGGCGCCCACCACGACGAGGAGGAGGAGGAGGAGGACGGCUCCAUCUACGAGCUGGCCGGCGACCCCGCCGAGCCCGAGGCGUGGCUGCGCGGCCGGCCCUGCGCCCGCGACUCCGGCCGCAAGGAGAUCACCUCGCUGGCCGUGGUGUCCGGCGGCCGCGGGUACCGCGAUUUCCGGGCGGAAUCGGCGCGGCGCGGCGCCGCCACGGCCGACGGCUCCCUGCUCAUCUGGCAGCUGCCGCUGGCGCUGUGAGCCCGGGAUCCUGCCCGGCCGGGAAUGCUACCUCAGGAAUCCCCCGCUCCCGGGARCGGCGCCUCGCCUGCCGGCAGGGAAAAUACCCGGGAAGAACACGGGGUUUUCCCCAAAAUCCGGCAAAAACAGGAAUUGGGAGCGGUUGGGAUUCGUUCCUGGUACCGGGAUGGGCUCAGUGUGUGUGUGGAUGAUCCCUAGAGAUAGAAAUCCCAGGAUCUGUCCUGGGCCGGGCACUUCACCAGCUGGGAGGAAAAAAUUCUGGGAAAAACACAGGGAUUUUCCCCCAAAUCCAGCAGAAAAGGGACUUGGGARCGGUUGGAUUUCUCCCAGUCUKUGGUGUAAAAGGURGGAAUUUYCCCCCAAAUCCAGCAGAAAAUGGGGAGUUCGGAGCAGUUGAGAUUCGUUCCUGGUUUUUCAGCCUGGCACUGGGAUGGGCUCAGUGUGUGUGUGGGUGAUCCCUAGAGAUAGAAAUCCYRGGAUAUUUUCUGGGAAUGGCCUUGCCCUGGAUGCUUCACCAGCYGAGAGGAAAAAAUUCUGUGGAAAAAUGUGGGGUUUUCCCCCCAAAUCCAGGAAAAAAAAGAGUUGGGAG